UAUCCAGACAGACUGAGUGAGCAGCGCGCGGACACUUAUACAGUGGAAGUGUUUAGUGUGUGUGUAGGCGGAUUGGGCCGCAGCCGCUCCUCAUGGUCCUGCAGAGAGGCUGAUGGAGGUGGAGGAAGAGGAGGAGGAGGACCGGCUCUGAUCAUCACACACCGACACGGAGAGCAGCAUGGCGGAGUCCGGGCCCUUCACAUCCCUGCCCCGGGUCCGGAGAGCCGCGGCCUCAAUUCCUGGAAAUCUGCACCUGGUUCUGGUUCUGAGACCCAAAUCUCAGUCUCAAGGCACUGGCACAGACCUGGGCUUCCGCUUCUGUCAGGAAGACUUCACUAUUAAGAUGCCUGUGAUCAUGCUGAGUUCAGUCACUGAUCUUCUGCGUUAUAUUGAUGAGAACCAUUUAAGUGCUGAUUUUAGUGGAACUCUUGAGUGCUGCUCCACAGACUGGAUCGUUCUGAGGACGGCCAUUGAGAGCUUUGCGGUGAUGGUGAAGGAUGUGGCUCAGCUGCUGCAGGUGUUUGGAACUGAACUGGCUGAGACAGAACUUCCUGAGGAACCGAAUGCCAUCGAGUACCUUCUACACUCUCACACUGACAAAUACAGACAGAUGAAGGAUGAUAUUCGCUCAGUGAUAAAGGAGGGACGUCAAAUCCUGUCGAAUCUGGAGGGAGUUAAAAGGACAGAGGACAGAGACAUCGCUCAGGACAGAGACACGGUACAGAGGCUCCUGACUCAGCUGCGGGACAUGGAGAUGGCGUUUGAUGGUUUUUUUGAGAAACACCACCUGAAAAUGCAGCAGUAUCUGCAGCUGCUCCGUUAUGAGCUGAGCUUUCAUGAGAUGGAGGAGAAACUCGAGGCUCUGGUUAGUCGGGAGAAAGCGAUUCCUGCUGCAGGAGUGACAGCAGCACAGACACAACAACUCAUCACUGACCUCCACACACUCGACUCUAUCGCUGAGGAGGAGAUGGGUCAUGCUCAGAUCAUUAUUCUUCAUGGUCAUCAGUUAGCGGCGAGUCAUCACUACGCUCUGGCUCUCAUCGUGCAGCGCUGUAACGAGCUCCGUCACCACUGUGACACACUGACCACUGCUCUGCGCAUCAAACACACCUCACUCACACACACACACACUCUACAGCUGCACCUCGAACAGGUGGUGGGUUGGUGUGAUGAGAGUGUGUAUCUGUUGGCCGGUCAGCUGGUGGAUAAGUUCCAGUCUAAAGAAGGAGCUCAGGAAGCUCUGAAUGACAUCGAGAGACUGCUGGAGACCAAACCAACCCUCAGCUUCACUACUGACAAGCACACACCUGAGAUACAGGCCCAGGUGAGAGCAGUGAUGGAGAAGUUCUCUUCAGUGCAGGUGAUGCUGGAGAACAGACAGGCAUGUUUGCGAAAGAUUACCUGUGUUCAGGUGAGACCUAUCCAACCCGUCUCCCCGAGACCCGAGAGUCCGACCCGCCUCCGCUCCCCGCUGUUCUCCCCCAAACACAGUUUUGAUGUGAACUCCAGUGUGAAGUUCUCCUUUGAUCUCUCUCUCCCGGGAAAAAAACACACCCGCAAGAACAACUGCAACAAGAAGAUUGAGGUGAUGCAUGAGGAGAAUCGUGGUGGUGUGAGUCAAGAAGCAGAGGGAGGAGAGAACGCUGAACUUCAUCAACGUCAUGUGAUGAAGGAACUGAUUGACACAGAGAAGGUUUAUGAAGAGGAGCUGCUCAGUGUUUUGCUGGGUUACAGAGCUGAGAUGGAUAACCCUUCUCUCUCUCACAUCCUGCCAUCAGAGCUGAAAGAUAAGAAGGAGGUUUUAUUUGGAAAUCUGCCAGAAAUCUACAAAUUUCACAGCAGGAUGUUUGUUCAGGAUCUGGAGAGCUGCAGGGAGACUCCAGUGAGAGUGGGAGCAAGAUUUCUAGAGCGAAAGGAGAAUUUCCAGGUGUAUGAGCGUUACUGUCAGAAUAAACCUCGCUCAGAGGCCAUGUGGAAGCAGUGUGCAGACUCUCCAUUUUUCCAGGAGUGUAAGAGAAAACUGAAGCACAAACUGGAUCUGGAUUCAUAUUUACUGAAACCUGUUCAGCGUCUUACCAAAUAUCAGCUUUUGCUGAAGGAGCUGUUGAAGCACAGUACACAAUCAGAGUAUGCAUGUGAACUACAGGGGGCGCUAAAUGCCAUGCUGGACCUCCUUAAAUCUGUUAAUGACUCCAUGCACCAGAUUGCAAUCACUGGAUACGAGGGGGACCUGUGUGACCUGGGCCGGGUGUUAAUGCAGGGUUCAUUCAGUGUGUGGAUGAGCAGGAAGUCGUCUCGUGUGAAGGACAUGGCACGGUUUAAACCCAUGCAGAGACACCUGUUCCUCCAUGAGAGGGCGCUGCUGUUCUGUAAAAAACGGGAGGAGAAUGGAGACGGAGCCGAACGCACUGCAUCAUACAGUUUUAAACACUGUCUCAGGAUGAGUGCUGUGGGUAUUACAGAGAACAUUAAAGGAGAUGUGAAGAAGUUUGAGCUGUGGUACAGCGGGAGAGAGGAAGUGUAUGUAGUGCAGGCUCCAACAGCUGAGGUGAAGUCGGCGUGGCUCAGUGAGAUCAGAAAAAUCCUUACAAGGCAUCAGAAAACUGAUGAAGGUCAUGGUGCUGCAGAUUGUCUCUCCUCUCCUCUGGUGAACAGUUCAGAGAGGGCGUCGGUCUGCAUGUCCUGGAGCCCCGCCCCCAUCAUAAGCUGCUCAGGUUGUUUUGAUGUCGUCCCUCACAGUAAAGGGGCACCGAUGCACUCAGAUGAGUCGGGGAGCUCCAGUCCUGUUCUGACAGACCCUGUGAUGUUCUCACCUCGACCCCAGAACCGUAACCGCCGCAGCUGGCCAGGAACCUCAAACUCUGUGGAUAUUUGUGAGACUUUAGAGGACUGGACCACCGACCUGUCCUUCAUCUCCGACUCAGAUGAAGAAGACGACAUCCUGCUGGUUCCUGGGAAAUACCGAGCUCUGGUGGAUCACCGUAAUUGUGGUAAAGAUGAUGUCAUCAUAAAACACGGUGAUGUCAUCCACCUACUGCAGGGAAACACAGCGGGGAUGUGGCACGUCAAAAACCUGACUCGUGAAGGGGAGGGGAAACUACCCGCUAAUGCCCUGCACAGAAUUCUGGGAAAUGUUGACAGAAGUCAUGUGAUCAGACCUGGAGGGGAGUUUACAGCUCGGGAAAUAUAAGCAGUGUGGUGAACACGGCGUGAUGAGAUUCUCCAUUAUUAAGGAAACAUUUACAUUAUUUUCCAGCAUGAACACACACACACACACACACACACACACACACACACACACUCACACACACACACACACACACACACACACUCACACACACACACACUUUCAAAGCACAGCCGUCUCUGUACCAUCAUCACAGUGUGUCACAGUGGAGAGUUCUGCACACAGGACUGUCAUCAGAGUUUCAUUCUUAAGGCAGCAGGAGAGAAAGAAAUCAAGAAUCUCCUCAGAAGGCGUCAGUGUGAAGAGCCGUGUGCUGAAGCUGCCUCGAGUGUGUGUAUGGACUGAUUUCAUCUAAUGAUCAAUAAUCAGACUUUCUACAUUCCACACUAGGGCUGGACGAUAUGACCCAAAUAUCAUAUCACGAUCCUGAAGGACAUUCUACAAUAAACAGUGCGUUUUAAAAGAUAUUUAAUUCCAAUUUAAUUAAAUGAAUCUAAACUUUAUACAAUUUAAAAUAAAAAAUCAACAACAUCUAUUCUAUACCAUUAAAAAAACAAUAUAAUCGAUACAUCGCCAUGGCAACACUGUGUCAGGAAAGAGUAUUGUGAUAUUGAUACGAUGGCUGUAUCGGCCAGCUCUGCUCCACACAUGUGCUCCUGUCUGCUCUUAGCCUCUUUACACAUGAUUUACCUCCAGGAAGUAAGUGUGUGUGUGUGUGUGUGUGUGUGUGUGUGUGUGUGUGUGUGUGUGUGUGUGUCUCUACAGUAUGGAGCAUAAUGAAGUGUGUGUUGGUAAACACUCGCCUGUUUUAAAAUCGACUUUGUGCCAAACUGUGACAUCACAACAUCUGUUUCUUAUCCGGUUUUAUACUUUGGUAGUGUUUUCAUAGCAUCAUGGAUUUAUUACUUAUUUAUUACUGCUUUACUGAUCACACACACACACACACACACACACACACACACACACAUGCAUAUAUAAAGUAUUGUUAAUAAACAUUACAGAGCCUUUAGUCUUCUCCACCGGCGCUGUGUGUGUGUGUGUGUGUGUGUGUGUGUGUGUGUUGGACAUGCUGCUGAUGCUGUUGCUGGAGAUGUUUGAAGUAGUAGUGUGUUGAGGAGAAGGUGGAGUGUGUGAUGUGACUCUCAGGUCAUGUGUAAGCACAAAAUGUACAGUGCUAUCAGAAGUGUUUUCCCUCAGUGCCGUGUGGAAAUGUGUGGAAAUGUGUGGAAAUGUGUGGAAAUGUUCUCUGUGUAUAUCACUGUACCAAAAUUCAGGCUUUUUUUGUUUUACUGUUUAGAAAAUUCAGGAACACAUCCAGAUGUUUACAGUGUGUUCUGUAGGUGUGAUUCUUCCCUCUGUAGCUGAUGCUUCAUGAACACAGCGCUUUAGAUCUGAAUGAACUACUGUUUCAUCAA